AUUGUCAAGACACGAAUGGUUACAGUUGAAAAACUAUCUCUUAACCAGUACAGUGCUUAGGUAUAUAAAGAGGUUUAUUCUUCUGGUGUCUUUACCGCAUUAGAGAAAGAUGAUCAAGUUACUUGCUAUUUGUAUGUUACUUGGACUAACAGUCGGAUUCCGGCUUAAAUCCAGAUUCCUACAGAAUCGACUAAGGCCACGAUAUGGACCAAUGAGUAUCGUCGGUGGAUACGACGCAUACGAAAAUGCCGUUCCAUGGCAGGUUUCUAUCAAAGAUAAUGAAAACAACCACUUUUGUGGUGGCUCGUUGGUUAAAGGAAAAAAUGGUUUAGCCGUAGUUACUGCUGCGCAUUGUGUCAGUGAUGGAGCUCAGGCCUCAAGUAUUCAGGUUGUAGUUGGGAGGCAUUCCUUAACACAGCAGUCUACAUCUGAGAAAACUUAUCAAGUCAGCGAGAUAAAAAAUCAUCCCCAAUACCAUUCGGAAACCAUGGACAAUGAUAUAGCGGUAUUGUUUGUUCAAGGUGAAAUAUCAGAAACAGAACAAGUCGGACCGAUUCAACUUCCGAAAGAAGACUCUAGUGUCUUUAAUGGUCAGGAAUGCUUAAUUUCAGGAUGGGGCGCUCUUAAAGAAGGAGAAGAAGGGCCUGACAAAUUGCAAGAGGCUUGGGUUGAUCUAUUCUCUAAUGCUAUGUGUUAUGGAAAAUACGGAGACGGAUUUAACAGAAAUUUAAUGAUUUGUGGGGGUAAAGAAGAGGGAGGUGUUGAUUCCUGUCAGGGUGAUUCCGGAGGACCAUUUGCAUGCUUUGACGAUGACUGGAAUCCAAUCCUUGUUGGCGUUACUAGCUGGGGAGAGGGCUGUGCCAGAGCUGAUAAACCAGGAGUGUAUGCUGAUGUGUUUAAGCUAAAAAGUUGGCUGAAUGGUGUGUUAGGUCUGUAAUCUGUACAUCUGGGGCUGCAAAGAAGACAUAAUUAUCUCAUGAAGAACUGGAUUUCCUUCUCUAAUCGUUACUUAUAUAAAUAAGAUAUAUGAAUGUUG